CAGUUCUUAUCGUCAAAGGGAUAAAUGAUAAAUAAAAAAAUCAAAACAUCGUCUUAGCAUUAAUUCAUAAACGGCGCAUUUUAUCAAAGUUUAUCAGUGCUACCCUUACUUACUAGAGGACAACAAACUCCAAGCGAUAUCUCGACACACGGAUGUCGAACACGACCUACUUUUAUCAUUACCAAAGUUUAACCAUUUAUCAAUACUUCGAUGUAUUAUCUACCCACAAAUCAUAUUAGAUCCGGUUGCGCGACAUAUUCGGCGAUAAAGGGGUCGGUUUGUGUAGUAGAUAGCUGGGGAAAGUUACUAUUAUGGCUUUUAUAAGUUACUUGAACCCUUUUAAGUUGUUUCGGGAUUUUGUUCGGACGCCUGUGGAAUCGUUUGUAUUGCAGCGAUAUAUAGACUACAAGAUUAGGACUAAUAAAGGGAUAAAUAGCGCGAGGGAGCUCCUGUACCAGGCUGGUAUCGUGACUGUAUUCGUGACGGCGAUUCUGUGGAUAUCUGUGUUUAUGUAUGUUGUGUUUUACUACACAUACAUGCCGAAUGUCACCCAUGUGCGCCCAGUGCACCUGCAGUUCAAAUCAUGCGAGGAGCAGAUGGGCAUAUGCUCCUUUCCCUCCGCCCACGUGCAGCUGACGAAGCGCAGCCACAUGCUCAUGUCAGCGCAGCCCUACCGCAUCCGGCUCAUACUCGAGAUGCCAGAGUCAGAUAUUAAUAAGGAUUUAGGCAUGUUUAUGGUGUGUGCUCAGAUGCGAGCGAAGGGCGGAGUCCUAGUGUCGUCUUCGUGUAGAUCAGCGAUGCUCCGACACAGGUCUCAACUGCAUCAGCUGAUGCGUACGUUGGUGCUGGCACCGUUUUUACUAUCCGGCUUCAACGAGGAGAAGCAACAACUUCAAGUGGAACUCUUCAGUGACUUCGAAGACGACCAGAACUUACCAGUAACAGACGCGUACGUAGAGCUUCAGUCCCGCUAUGCGCAGGUGUAUGCGUGUGAGUUGCACAUUGAGGCUCACUUCCAGGGGUUGAGAUACGUCAUGUUCCACUGGCCCAAAAUAUCUGCUGUUGUCGGUAUCAGCACCAAUCUGUUCUUCGUGUCGCUGAUCUUCAUACUGAGCUGGUAUCAUCUCCAGGAUGGAUUGCCAGACUUUGUUAAGUUUCAGAGCAAGUUGGCGUCAAUUUUAAGUGAAAAGGAGAAAGAAGAUGAUGAGAAGAAAUUCGUCGGGAAACUGAAGUUGGAGAGAGAAGAUUCCUCAAGUCUCUUCGAAGAAGACACUUUCCUUGAGGAGUUAAAGCAGCUGGAGGAUCCAAAGAAGACUUAGAAGUCAACCUUCAAGUUUAAUUUUAAGAGUAAAAGUAUGGAGAUUUUGAUGAGGGUAGAAGCGAAAGUGGCAGGAUUCUUAGUAAGUGGAAUUACGUGAUGUCUACCCACCCCAAUGGGAAAUAAGCGUGAUCGUAUGUAUGUAAAAAUACCAUAUGAGAUUUAAAUUAUAACGAACGUACUCGUAAAUCGUGACUAGAAAUAUAAAAACCCUGUGUAGAAGGAGCUCUGAUCCAGCGGCGUAGCGUGUGUGUCGGCCGCCCGGGGCGGAAGACAAUUUUGCCGCCCUUUUAUUUAGAUAUUUCAAUUUAAUGUAUACUAUACAUUACAUACAUUAAUUCGCGUUUUUUAAAAUAUGCAAAAUUAAAUGUAUAUUUUUCAAUCUUUCUGAGAGAUUUUCUUAAUAUUUUUUCCGUAAGAACCUUGUACAGAUUAUUAGUAAACUACAAAAAAAAACAGCCAAAUCGGUCAAGCCGUUUUUAUGUUAUGUCGUGAUAACGGAUAACGGGUUUCAUUCGCCCCCCGCCUCCACUACGCCACGCCGCUGCUGUGAUCGAACUUUUAAUUUGUAUAAUGGAAGGUAUGGUUUUUAUAUUUUUGAUCAGAUGUUAAAUGUUAUUUAUCAUAAUACAGGUUGUUAGUGACAUCAUGAAACCCUGAUACCAGGGUUGAUGAGGUUGGUAAUUCACUUCACAACCCACACGAUAGAAGA